AUGGAAAACGAAAUUAUUCCUCUGUUAAGCGAAAGCUCCAAGUACGGGUCUCUUAAUGAAGACGUGCAGUUCGUGAUCCCGACACCGACGAUGAACCGAGCUUUUGUGAAGCAACCAUCAAACGGUUCUGGUAAAUUAGUGUACUGCAUACAUGGCAAACCGUCCGGCUGUUGCGGCACUCUACAGGUGUCGAUGCCCGAAGACAACAAUUCCAACCACGAGACCCCCGACCCUGUAGACGCAAAACCGUCCAUCACGAUCUGUAAGUGCCCGUCUACCUAA